UUGGGGAUGGUUUGUUGCUGCCGGGCAAUCGCUGUUGCAUCCGGGCUCUUCCCGUUAGAAACGCCGCAGUUAGAGAUUUGUUGGCUUAUUGUUGAUGAGUUUAGGCUUUCUGAUGUGAAGGGAACCUGCUGAUUUUUGUUACAACCUUCACCUUUAGGCCAUCAUUCUCUGCUACCAUGUUAUAUUUCUGAUAGCUAGUUGGUGAAGGAAGAAUCCAAAGCCAGUCUUUACUUGGAAUAGACUUAUUCAUGGAGUGAAACAUUUCAGGUAUAAAUCUCCUGAUUCUACUCAACCCCUUUCUCAAGUAUUACAAAUGGAGGAUUUAUGAAUGGGAGGCUCAAAUCAAACAUCACAUCCAGAACUGACAAUUGUUUGAUUCAUCAGGUCAUGAAUAUCACCGACCUUGCAAUAUAGAAGGAAAAACAUUUGUUGUGUCUGUAGGAAAAGAUCAGUGUGACUGGAAAAGCAGAGUGGGUGAGAGUGUGCCAGUGCUUUAAGAGCACUGAAGAGCUUUAAGACCGCUUGAAGAAAAUCAAUACACUAUUCACACCAUUACACAUGUUCCGUGUGUGUUUGUCGAAAUAAUUCUAAAACGGUCUACUGGUGAUCUGCCAACUCAUCAGUACAGAGGAGAGGCUACUUAUGUGCAGUCAUGGUGGGAAGAAGUUUAGUCAACAGUCCAACCUGUCAGCACUGCAGAGUGUUCACUCUGGGGAGAGGCCGUUCACUUGUUCCAUGUGUGGAAAGGGCUUCUCUCGUUCAUCAAAUCUGCUAGCACAUAAGCGAGUUCAUACUAGAGAGAGGCCGUUCAGCUGCUGCACCUGUGGCAGGGGCUUCUCUCGUUCAUCAAAUCUGCUGGCGCACCAGCGAGUUCACACCGGGGAGAGGCCGUUCAGCUGCUCUACCUGUGGGGAGGAAUUCACUCGAUCAUCUAGUUUGCAGACACACCAGCGAGUUCACACUGGAGAGAGGCCAUUUAGUUGCUCCACAUGUGGGAAGGAAUUCACUCGAUCAUCCCAUCUGCUGAGACACCAGCGCAUUCACACAGGGGAGAUGCCUUUCAUCUGCUCUGUGUGUGGGAAAGGAUUCACUCAAUCUUCCAACCUGCUGACACACCAGCUUGUUCACACUGGGGAACGGCCGUUCACCUGUUCCAUGUGUGGGAAGGGAUUCACUCGGUCUUCCCACCUUCUGACACACCAUCAUACUCAUGCGGGAGAGAGGCCAUUUACGUGCUCCGUGUGUGGGAAGACAUUCAUUCACUCCUACAGUUUGUUGACGCACCAGCGAGUUCAUACCGGGGAGAGGCCAUUCAUUUGUUGUGUAUGUGGGAAGGGAUUCGCUCGAUCAUCAAACCUGCUGUCACAUCAGAGUGUUCACACUGGAGAGAAGCCGUUCAUCUGCUUCCUUUGUGGAAAUAGAUUCACUCGUUCCUCUAGCCUGUUGGCACACCAGCAUGUUCAUACAGGGGAGAAACCAUUCACAUGCCGUGUGUGUGGGAAGGGAUUCACCCGCUCAGCCAACCUGGUAACACAUCGACGUGUUCAUACUGGAGAGAGACCAUUUAUAUGUUCCGUGUGUGGAAAAGGAUUCACCCGUUCAUCGAACCUGCUGACACACCAGCGAGUUCACACUUAAUUAGUGGGUGGAUUCUGCUGCUAAUAACAUCCAGGACUCGACCAGGUUCAUUCUGGCAGUUGAGAUUUCUUUAUGCUGAUCUUAAUAAUCCCUAGAGCUGGAUUGGAUUUUAACAUUGAAUAUAUGUAUGGCAUUUAGAGUUUAGCAUCACCAGCCACACCUGUAAGUGGAUCUUACAUUCCCUUACAGUUGGAGUGUUCCCUUUCCUGCUCCAUAUCUCCAUAACAAGAUGAGAGAUUGUAAGAGACCCUUUGUAACCAACUGCAUAUGAUUCUACUGUCAUCAAGAGUACACUAAAUAUUUAGUCUCACACAAUUGGGUUUAACCAAUAUGUUUUGUAAGGAUAUUCAAACACUUUAACAGCUGUCAAUAAAGUUUGCCUGUGGCCUGCCA